CCUGAAUCCAUCCCCCACUGUUCCACAGAAGUAUAAAGCUUCUCAUGUGAAGGAAAAGAAGAUCACUGAAAGUAGAACAAUAGAAAAAUCAUAUAACACAUUCAAACUACGGAUUUUCUUGGAGCAUUAUUCCUUUGCAUCAUUUCGUGACGUGCUCUCAGUGUCCCCAUGUCGUCAACGUGCCUCAGCACUGUCCUGACUCAUGCCAACCUCACCAUGUAUCAGACUGGCAUCGCCGAUGUACUUCUGCACCAACCCAGCGUGCUACCCAGCAUUAACCCUCUGCAGAACAGCCCCCACAUCCACAAUCAGUCAUACAAGCAGAUCAGCCCUCACUGCUGGACAGCAGACGACGUUCUGGAGUGGAUCAGCGACCAUAUAGAGAGCACCAAGUCUGAUGCCAGUGCCCUGAGUCUCGCCUGCUGCGCCAUGGAUGGACCCGCCCUCUGCCAGAUGAACAGGGACCAGAUGACAGGAAUCUUUGGCCUGCAACUUGGAUCACACCUCCACCAGAGUCUGCAGGAACACAAGACCAAAUAUGAGCUACAGAGCCUGUCAAGAUCAGAGUUGAAUGAGACCUGCCAGCUCCUGGACGACUUCCUGAUCAACCUGAAUUUCCCUUUGCUCAGCAGCAUCAGAAUUGGCCAAGGAGAAGGAGCUGUCAGCAAGAGAGAGUUUGACAACAGGGAGGAUUAUGAUCCGACUAGUUUGACACCUCUCAGAGACAUUGAGUACCUGUCUGACAACCAGUCUGACAGUGAGUGCAGCUCCUCCUCAAAUGGUGGAAUGUUUGGCUUCUCAAGCCUUGGCUCCCCAGAGUCUGGUAGUGGCGAAUCAGACCCAGAGUUCUCCUACCCUCUGAUUUCAAAGGUGCACAUCAAAACUGAGAAAGGAGAAACUCGUGUGAAGCGACCACGGGGGCGACCUCCUAAAGUCAGCAGAGAACUUAGCAGCAGCGUCUAUGAAUGUCCGAAGAAAAACAAACAUGUGCCUCGAGGAACUCACCUUUGGGAGUUCAUCAGGGACAUUCUGAUCCACCCAGAGAGGAACCAGGGCCUGAUGAAGUGGGAGGACCGCCGUGAGGGCGUCUUUAAGUUCCUAAAGUCUGAGGCUGUGGCUCAGAUGUGGGGCCAGAAAAAGAAGAACAGCAGCAUGACGUAUGAGAAACUUAGCCGUGCAAUGAGGUAUUACUAUAAGAGGGAAAUCCUGGAGCGUGUCGACGGCCGGAGGCUUGUUUACAAAUUCGGGAAGAACUCUAGUGGCUGGAAGAUUGAGGAGAUUGGCAUGGGAAUGUGAGGCCUGUCUAAAAAUAAACAUUGCAGUUGCAGAUGUUUAAGACACUAACUUCCUCUUAAAAGGAAGGUGUUGCAAAAAAUGUAAGCCAGUGUUUUUGGCUCUAGUAGGUUUUAUGAACCAAUAUAAAUACUGUACUUGUUUUAUAUUUUUGUUUGCUAAAUCAUACUUUAUUCGCAAUAGCUAAAAUAGAAAAUCUUGUGAGAUUCUUUAAGAAGCUAAAGUUGAAAAAGCAUACGUUUUACAAUUGUAUGGAGUUAAAUCAGUGUUUGUAUUUAAGUUCCGUUACUGAAGCAAGAGUAACGGACCCUCAUUUGUCAUUAUGGAUAUUAUUUUGGUAUAUGUGCAUUUUGGCCAUGGAAAUAUUAUACUCUUUUUUACCUUUCAUUUUUCUGUCUUGUUAUUAUACAAGGUUGAAACUUAAAUCAUCAGUUUUGCAUGUGAAUGUAGUCUGAUGUAGAUUUGAAUAAAGGACCAAGUUGGGAGAAAGGGAGAAAAAAUUUAGGUUAUGUUAUUUCAAAUGAAUACAGCAACAAUGAGUUAUACAUGUUGGUAUUGUUUCAUUAUAAAGUGUAUUUUCACAAUGUUUGAGUAAAAAGUAACCAAAUCACUUUUUAUACAUGAUCAUCACCUGUAAAACACUUUGUAUCACUCAACUAGAGUUUGCUGCAUGUGGUUUGUGUGACUGUAUAAUGUGAUUGAUCCACUAUGAUGUCAUCCACUUAGACUGAUAAAUGUAUAUGUUUGAGAAUUAAAUCUCAUAUCAAGUAUGAUAUCAAUUGAUAAAUACUUUUUGUAUAAAUAUUUUAAGCAUUUAUGAA